CUUCCUCUACAGUAAGCAAAUCAUUAGAUUCCCCAUCUAAAGUUUGAAUCCCCUCUUCUUCAACACCCCUUCUCCAAAAAAUGGGAGAAGCAACAAAGUCCUAUAAACCCAACAACAAUGGUGAGAAACAAACCCAUGAGAGAACACACAAGGCCCCUUCAUGGGUUGUUCUCAAGAUACUCUCUCCAUGUAGAUAUUGCCAUGUUUCAGAAGGUAAGAAAGAGGAGGAGAAGAAGAAGGAUAUAGAGGAGAAAAAGGAUAAUUUGGGGGCUAAGAUGAUGGUUAAGGGGCCAGGAACAAAUUGUUCCAAUAGAUAUUUGAAGGGCCCUUGUGAUGAGGCCAUAAACAAUGGAGGUGCUUCCACUUGCUCUUCAUUUAACUCAUCAUCUGCUUCUGCUUCUGCUUCUGCUUCUGUGACAAGUGCUUCUUCUUCUUCUCUCUGUUCAUCUUUCUCCUCACUUGGUGGGUCUUUUAGAGGAGUGCAUAUGAAGAAGUUAUCUGGGUGUUAUGAGUGCCAUUUAGAGGCUGAUACUUUCAAUUGUGUCUCCAAAGAUCAUGCUAAGAUUACCACUAUUUGUUCCUGCAAUGAGUGUGGAGAAGUUUUUAUCAAUCCUGAGGAUUUGGAGAUUCACCAGGCAAAUAAUCAUGCAGUAUCAGAACUUGGUCCUGAGGACAGUAGCAGAAGCAUAGUGGAAAUCAUUUUCCAAUCAAGUUGGCUUAAUACUCAGCAUCCAAUGUGCAAAAUAGAUAGGAUACUAAAGGUGAACAACUCCCCAAAGACCACAGUAAAAUUUGAGGAAUAUAGGAACAAUAUAAAAGGCCAAGCCAUCAAACUAUCUGAGAAGUAUCCAAGAUUUGCAGCUGAUGGAAAUGAGCUCCUAAGGUUCCACUGCACCACCUUAGCAUGCUCACUCGGCCUCGACGGAUCGACCAAUCUAUGUCAUUCAAUCGACCGCUGCGAUGUUUGUGAAAUUAUUCGCUACGGGUUCAGAUUCGAUGAGCUUGGAAGGAUCACUCUUAGUAGUAGGGCACGCGAAAUAAGUCCGAUCUCGUGCGGUGGUGAAGCGAAGAGGGCGAUGUUCGUGUGCAGGGUGAUUGCAGGGAGAGUUAAGAAGAGCAAUUGUUCUACAGUGUGGGAAUGUGAGUCUAUUAUUACUUCUCCUGAGGAUUUUGAUUCAAUGGUUGGUUCAAAUUCAGAAGAGCUCAUUGUGUUCAAUCCUAGAGCUAUAUUGCCUUGCUUUGUUGUGAUAUACAGUUUUUGUUAAUGUAAUCUUCUUUAACAUCUCUAAUUAAACUUAUAUUUCCUUUGCGAAUUUGUGAGGUAACAUUGAAAUUGAGUUUUGGUUCUUGUAUGUGUUUCAUAACCUCAAUUUUUUGGUUCCUCUUCUGUUAUGCUAUGAACCAAUCCAUCCAACAAGAUAAAGAGAGAAAUGCAAACUCUAUGGGCAUCGGAUUCUUGUAUAUUCAACUGCAUGAUUGAUAAUGAUGAGAUAAUUUUUUGUA